UCCUUUUUUUUAGUUUCUCGCAAUCAAAUAGUUCGAUUGUACAGUCGGUUUCUGUCUCUGGAUAAACAAGGUCGUGGUUACCUUGAUCGUGAUGAUUUUCUGAGGAUUCCGGAGCUCGCUAUAAAUCCUCUUGGAGAUCGGAUCGUUGAUGCUUUUUUCACCGAGACAAUCAAAGAUGACAAUGAACAAAAAAUUAACUUUCGCGAAUUUAUACGAGUUCUUGCUCGUUUUCGACCCGUAAGUAAAUCUAAAUAUAAUCAUCUGAACAGUCGCGAAGAAAAAUUAAAGUUCGCGUUUUCAAUGUAUGAUUUGAAUAAAAACGGUUACAUAACUCGCGAAGAGUUUAAAAUAAUUCUAAAUAUGAUGGUAGGUGCGAAUAUCACUGCUGAGCAGCUGGAAAGUAUAGCAGAUAGAACGAUUACUGAAGCAGACAUGGAUAAUGAUGGGAAAAUAUCAUUUAGUGAAUUCUGUCAAGCAAUGGAAAAGACAGAUAUAGAACAGAAAAUGUCAAUUCGGUUCCUAAAUUAA